AUGCAAACGGUUGACAGCGUCCUAUGUGAAACAUUACGGGAGGCUGCUGAAAAGAGGGGUCUUAUCGAGGCCGACAACGCACUCGACGAGUGCCUAACGGAGGCGGAGCAAUUCGCGAUGCCAUCAUCGCUUCGAAGGCUCUUUGCAACAAUAUUGGUAUUCUGCGAGCCCGGAGAUCCGCGCGGUCUCUGGGAUAGGCACCUCGAGGGAAUGUCAGACGACUAUAGACGGUCCAUCACUUGCCCAAUCACGGUGGAGCAGAAGGUGUUGCUUGACAUCAGAAGAAUGUUGCAGUCCAUGGGCAAAGAAAUAACGUCAUUCCCUCUUCCGAAAAUGGACGAAACAUACGACGACACUGGCGGCGAGGCUAGGGAGAUCAUCGAGGAGUCUAGUAUCGCGGUAGACAUUGAGGACACUUCUCUGGCGUCAUCCCUUAACCCUGAGCAGAGGUCUGCAUACGAUGAGAUACUUGCGGCUGUUGACAGUGGUACCGGAGGAGUGUUUUUUGUCGACGGGCCAGGAGGCACCGGGAAGACAUUCCUGUACAGGGCCUUGUUCGCUAAGCUCAGAGGUGAGGAGAAGAUAGCAGUGGCUACGGCAACAGCGGGUAUCGCUGCUUCAAUCAUGCCAAGAGGCAGGACCGCCCGCUCGAGGUUCAAGAUACCCCUUAACAUAGUAGAUGGCGUGUCAUGUAGCUUCACAAAACAGAGUGGGACGGCCAAGCUACUGAGGAUGGCUUCGCUUAGAAUAUGGGAUGAGGCCACAAUGACCAAGCGUCAGGCGAUCGAGGCACUAGACAAUAGCAUGCGCAACAUAAUGGGCCGACGAGACCGUCCGUUCGGGGGGAAGACUGUCGUGUUCGGCGGAGACUUCAGGCAGGUGCUUCCGGUUGUGAGGAAGGGAACACGGGAUCAAAUAAUCGACGCGAGUCUACACAGUUCGUACCUAUGGGAGAGGAUGCGCCAUCUCAAGCUCGUGACGAACAUGAGGGCGCAUAGCGGCCCGUGGUUUGCCGACUUCUUAUUGUGUGUUGGCAAUGGCACGGAGGAGGCCGAUGAAGAAGGAAACAUACGGCUUCCAGAAGACGUGUGUGUGCCGUCUACUGACAAGGAGAGUGACAUAGAGAGGUUGAUCGACCAUGUGUUCCCAGCUUUGAACACCAGCGUGGCCGACCCAAACUAUAUUACUUCUAGAGCUAUCCUCACGACGAAGAACGACAACGUCAACAAUAUAAACAUGCGAAUGAUAGAGCGUUUCAAUGGAGAGGAAAUGAUCUACCAUAGCUUCGACAGUGUGGAGGAUGAUCCACACGAUUACUACCCUCCCGAGUUCUUGAACACGCUUACCCCGAACGGGCUGCCUCCGCACGUUCUCAAAUUGAAGAUCAACUGCCCCGUUAUACUCCUAGGGAAUAUUGACCCAGCUAACGGAUUGUUUAACGACACGAGGCUCAUAGUACGUGGAUUCCAGAAGAAUGCAAUUGAUGCCGAGAUCGUGCUUGGACAGCAAGCUGGGAAGAGGGUGUUCCUUCCUCGGAUUCCGCUAUGCCCAUCCGACGAUGACAUGUUCCCAUUCCGUUUCAAGAGGAAGCAGUUCCCGAUUAGGCUGAGUUUCGCAAUGACGAUCAACAAGGCACAAGGCCAAACGAUCCCAAUUGUCGGCGUGUACCUACCGGAACUGGUGUUCUCCCACGGCCAGUUGUAUGUGGCCUUGUCGAGGGCAACAGCGAGAAGGAACAUAAAAAUCCUAGCCGUGAAGAAUGAUGAGAAUGCAAAAAAGUCAAAGCCAAGGAAAACAAAGAAACAAAAGACAUCCUUGGUGUCCACCACGAAGAACAUUGUGUACAAAGAAGUCCUCAAUGCAUGA